AUGGCACAACUAUACGUUUACUUUUGUCUUCUCUCUGGUGAGUUUUUAUUAUUAUUAUUAUUAUUAUUAUUAUUAUUAUUAUUAUUAUUAUUAUUAUUAUUAUUAUUAUUAUUAUUAUUAUUUGUUGCUGCUGCUCAUGACGCCUAUAUACAAAUGUAGCAGUUGUUGAAUAAGUACUUUUGUUAUUUUUACUGUGUUCAAGUUAUUAGUUUACCUCUUUUUAAGAAAAUAGAAGCCUUACUAUUUCAGCCAACGAGUUUUGACAUAAAGUUUAAUUAACACUGUGACAUGGACCAACUAUUUCCUUUAUUUUUUCUUACAGCUCUGAGAACGGUGAUGACUUUGACCUUUGAUGGUGGAGUUGGAAGAAAUUUAACCUUCAGAUGCUCAAACUGGAAUGUUUUGAAUGAUGUAAAAGAAAAUGUCAAGUACUUCUGUAGAAACCCUUGCAAACAAAUCAUUGUCAAAGCAGGAUUUAAAAAGUCAAAACGUAAGGAUAGAAUUGAAAUAGUUAACAGUGCAGAGGGUUUAUUUGUGACCUUCUUUAAUCUCCAAGAAUCAGACUCUGGGAAGUAUUAUUGUGGAGUGGAGAGAUUUGGCUGGGAUUCAUACAUAGAAGUGGAUCUAACAGUCAAGGAUGGUAAGUUUAUAUAUAUUUUUUUUAUUCAAAACAUUUCCAUGUCAGAAUCAUAUACCUAUACAAACAGCUCAUAGAUUGAUUGAAACUUCAUAAUGUUAUUUUCAGCUAAGCCUUCCAGACCUAAGAAAACUCCAGAAACAGUCAGUGAUAUGGAAACAACAAGUCCAUCUGCUUCUACAAAUGGCUCCACUGUCUUUACUGACAUGCCAACUACAAAUGAAACCCUAAAUAUGACUACAUCUAUUGCAUCAGCAUCACAUGGAGCUGGUAUGAAGUGCAUCAAUCUGAAUAAUCAUUUAUUUCUAUAUUGUUUUUAACACAGACAUGUUUAUUCUUUGAUUAUAGUUUAACAUUUAAUGUUUAACCAGUACUGUGGUACCAGGAUAAAUGACAAGAGGGAAAUUUUAAAUAUUUUUAAACAACCUCCUACUUGAUUGAUUAAUUAAGAAUACAUUUGCGAUAUUUUAGUUGUAAAUUAAGGGGGGAGGGGGGUCUUGAUCCUAAAUACCAAAACUGUCCAUUGAAGAAUGGUCGAUGUGUCACUUUUCUCAGCCAGCUCGUAUCUUUCAAGAGACACAAGCUUCAUUACACACUAUUCAAGUUUAACGUUUCAAGGAACUAGAGAAAGAAGUGAAAGCAAAUAGGACAUGAGAAGCAGUUAACAUGAUGAUGAAGUGUGAACAAUGUUCUUUUUGUCUUUUCUCGGGUUAGGAAGUGUCCCAUAUCUGGUCAUAGGUGGCAUUGUUACGAUGACGUCUCUGAUGGUCCUUCUGAAAAUCAUGAGGAACAUGAAAAAGAAACAAGAGAGUAAGAUGCAAACAUUCCCGCACUUAUUGCUCAUGUAGAAACAUUAGCAAAGCUCUGACCACAUAUAUCCCAGUCAGUGACUUUUUUUAAAAGUCACUCUUAAAAACUCAUUUUUACAGACUUGUUUUUAUGUGAUCCUGUCUUUUUUUCUUUUUUCAUCUUAUUUAAUCUUUACUGUCGUUUUAGCUUUUGUUACACUUUUAAUAUUUUCGUAUUUAACCUUUCAAGCCUUUUAUUGUUUUAUCUCUUGCUCAUUUCUACUUUUCAGUUUUAUCAUUACUAAUAUUAUCGUUAUUAUUUUAUUACCAUUAUCUUCUUUUAUUAAUUUCUUUUUCCCAUUGAUUUUAUGUUUUCAGCUUUUAUUUUGGUUCCUGUGGUCUCACUUUAUGUUGCAUGGUUCUUGUGUUGUCUAGGCUCCUUAUGACAUAAGAAAAUGGCCUUCAUUUUUUGUUUUUACUUCCUUGUGCUAAGCUCUUAUCCUUUAUGACUAUUUGUCAAAGCACUUUGUAAACCUCUGAUUUGAAAAAUGCUUUACAAAUAAAGUUAUUAUCAUUAUGAUUAUUAUUAUUAAUGACUAAUGUUAUCACUUGUUUUUUUUAGGGGUUAUUUCAAGAGCUCACAUGCCACAAGACGAUGUGGAGGUAAGAUUUCUGAAGCUAUAAAGUGACUUGUAGACUUAAUGAUAGUACAGAGGGUGCCAGCACAGACGCAAUGAUGCAGCUUUUGUUUAUGCUUUAUGCUUAAUCAGUGUCCUCUGACAAAAAAAAAAAAAUCUCAUAAUUCUGACUCUAGUCUGUCAAGUUUAUCAUUUUUAUGAAUAUCUAUGUGCAAAAUGAAAAACAGGGCUGUUUCUCCAGCUGCUUGUCAGACACCUACCCUCCCAUACAAGUUUCAGGCAUUAAAAUUACGCAAUAAAAUCAUCAGACUUGUUUCUGAUCUUCUUACUUCCUUUUAUAUAUACCCUUGAAAGGCCCGUAUAUGAAUGUAAGUCGAUUUCAUGAAAGCAAAAAAAAGUAUUCAGUUUCACCCCCUCCUCACUAAAGUCUACCAUCCUCUUACUUUUGAACUUUGUUUGAGCUUCUCACCAUGUAAGUGUGUUUUAACAUGUGGGUCUUAACUAACCACUUGUGUUUUUCUUACACUUUUCUGUUUUAAGAGUGUCGACUAUGAGGAAAUCAGACAUGAGGACCAGCAAUCAGUCAGGCAAUCUCAGAGACUCACCUGCCUUUAUGACUCUGUGGAUCAACAAAGUGUCUACGCUAAUUGUUCCUCCCACCAAAACACUGAAUUAGAGGCUCAGGCUGACAACAUGUAUUCAAAUGACCCUUAUCUAAAUCAGGCAUCCACCUCCAGGAUCUAUUCAAAGAAAGCUUUUCUAAAGAACAGAGUCACAGAUCUACAAGGUGACUGUUUGUACUCUGUUGCUCAACCACCCAAACAGAGAAUCAAACCUGUAGAGCAAUUUGAACUCAAUCGAUCAGACAGCAAUGAAAAUGAUAGUUUAUAUUCUCUUGCUCAGCUACCACAGACAACUUAA